AUGCUCUCCAUCAUCCCUCCGCAAACCCUUGGCGAAUGGCUGGCCUGGUCCUCGGCCCUGAUCACGAUCGUCUUCGGACUGAUCUGUUUCUUUGCGCCGCGCACGACCUACCGCAUCCUGCGCCUUGAGACCCGUCCGGACGUGCCCGAGGCCGUUUCAGAAAGCCGGGCGACGAUGGCCGGCUUUUAUCUGGGCGCCGGCAUUCUGGCGAUUUUGUUCCAGCAGCCCUUCGUCUGGAUGGUGUUGGGUGCCGGCUGGGCAUUCACGGCGCUGGGGCGGCUGGUUUCGAUCGUUGUCGACCGCGGCAACACCAGCUUCAACUGGGGCUCGCUCGUCUUCGAGGCUGCGUUGGCGACCGCGCCGCUUGCCUUUGCACUAGGCUACAUUCGAUAG